AUGUCUUAUAAAGAUAUCUCUCACCGCAAGCAACUUCAACUGGAGGCGCAGAUACCGCACCAGUGGCGUUUGGAAGCCUCGCAGAUUCCACCCGGCCUGCUGUCUCCGGCCGACUCAAUCACGAACACAAGCCAGUAUGAAGCCAUCAAUGUUAUGGACAUUCCUCAAACAUGCGGACUUCUCACCUCAGAUGAGUUGCAUAUUACCGAGCAGUACGAUGUACGCUCCUUGCUGGAUGCCGUUCGUGAGAGGAAGUUGACUGCGAAGGAGGUAGUCCACGCCUUUUGCAAGCGAGCCGCAAUUGCACAUCAACUCACACGUUGCCUCACGGAGCCUGUCUUCGAGCAAGCCCUCCAGCAAGCUCAAAAGCUCGACGAACAUCUUCAACGCACCGGCCAGCCCAUCGGUCCCCUACACGGCCUACCUGUUUCCAUCAAAGAUUCAUUCCAUCUCACCGGCGUAGACUCCACCACUGGCCUCGCUGCCCUGGCCUUCCACCCAGCAGCCCAAAGCUCUCCGCUCGUCAACCUCCUCACCUCCCUGGGCGCUAUCAUCAUCGCUAAAACCAACGUCCCGCAGACCAUGGGCGCCCUCGAUUCAUGCAAUCACCUGCUUGGCCGGACGCUUAAUCCGCUCAACCGUCGCUUGACCGUCGGCGGUAGCACGGGAGGUGAGGCGGCCCUGCUCGCAAUGCGCGGGUCGAUGGUCGGCUUUGGCACCGACAUUGGCGGUAGCAUCCGGAUUCCCGCCAUGUGUACCGGGCUGUACGGAUUCAAGCCCAGUGCCGGGCGCGUGCCGAUUGCAGGAAGUCAAGAGGCAGGAAGCCUGGCCGGCAAAGGGAAGGUCAGUCUCCAGCCGGUAGCUGGGCCUCUGGCCCGCUCGGUCGCAGAUCUGGGGGUCGUGAUGGCCGAGAUCGUGCCUCGCACGGAGCUCUUUAGUGAAGAGGGAAUCCCAGGCAGAUGGUUUGAUAGUAGCGUGCUUGGUUGUCCUGGACUGGUUGGAGGUUCUGUCGACACUCAGGUUCAAUAUCCCUCUGGCGAACGCAGAAGUUUCACCAUCGGGAUCCUCCGUCGCGAUGGGCUGGUCGAGCCUUUUCCACCUGUCGCCAAGGUCAUCAACGAGGUAGCACAGUUACUGCGCAAGACGCCUGGAGUCAGGGUCGUGGAGAUCCCUGUGCCUCCUGCUCUGAGCAAAUGCCAAGGUAUUGCCGGUCGCCUGAUGGGGGUGGACGGGGGCAACCCGAUGAUGGAUCUGCUGGAGAGUACCGGGGAGCCCUUGAUACCCUGGCUGAAGGGCCGGAUGAAGCGGGGUCGAGAAAUGACGCUCGCGCAGGUAGGCGAGUUGCAGGCACAACGGGCCCAGGUUGAGCGGGAAAUGCUGCAAAUGUGGACCUCGCGCGGGGCGACACCAGAUACAAGUUAUACUCGAGACAUUGAUGCGAUCAUUCAUCCGGUCGCGCCGCACCCAGUGCCGGAAUUGGAUCGGUACAAUGCGGUUGGGUAUACUUCGUCCUGGGUGCUGCUUGAUUACCCGGCGGGCACAGUUCCCGUGCGCUCGUUCAAGGAGGAGGAUCUGGAGCUGGGGACGGAGAUGACGGCACCGGUUCUGGGAAGCUGGGAUAAGGCUAAUCGGCUGCUAUGGAACCAGAAGACUGUGGAUCGCCGAGUGUACUUGGGUUCGCCGCUGAGUGUGCAGGUCAUCACGCCCAAGCAGCGUGACUACGAGCUCUUCCAGGCCAUGGAGCUGAUUGAUCGAGUCGUGAGGGGAGAUGCGCAAGUUCCUGCCAUGCUUUGA